UCCUUCAUAGGCGGAUUGUGUGCAGCUAAAAAAAAAAACGACGCUAAGAAGAAACGACCUACUGUACGAUAUUACGUAUAUAUUAACCCGUUACGUUAAACAAAUACAUACCAGAUAUAAUUGUUAUCAUACAAAUUAAAGAGAACUCCUGGUCAAGACUGGAUAUCUACAAAGACCAGUGUACCUACGUUCUGCACUGAUUUUUGAAGCAUAUUUAAGGGCCAUUUGUUUCAGACUCUUACUGCCUGUUCAGAAAGUUUGGUGUCCUGCCACUGAGUAUGUCAGUGGCUCUUCUCGUGCGAUAUGCCACGCUCUGCGGAUCCCGUGUCUGCUGCAGGGCUGCCCUCGGCCUAACUGGCAUCCACCAGGAAGACCUGAAACGGGCUCUACACACGCCAUCAUCUCCUCGUUGCAGCAACUCUCGCUUUGAUCCGGACAGCAGUGGCCUUCCAACUACCUGGGACUCCUUUGGUAUCUGGGACAACCGCAUUGAUGAGCCCAUCUUGCUUCCGUCGAGCAUCCGAUAUGGUAAACCCAUUCCCAAAGUUAGCCUAGCCAAGGUGGGCUGCGCAUUGCAGAUUGGCCAGCGGAAGGUGAACGAAGACCGCUAUCAGCUAUCGCAGAUGACGGACAACAUCAUGUACUUUGCAGUGUUUGAUGGGCACGGAGGUGCAGAGGCUGCUGAAUUCUGCCACAGAAACAUGGAGAAGCAUAUUAAAGACAUUGCAGAAGAGGAGAAUAACUUGGAAUUAGUAUUAACCAAAGCGUUUCUUGAGGUGGACAAAGCGUUAGCAAGGCAUCUUCACUUCAGUGCAGAUGCCUCUCUGUUGAGUGCAGGCACCACGGCCACUGUGGCCCUGCUGAGAGAUGGGAUCGAGCUGGUGGUGGGCAGCGUGGGGGACAGCCGAGCCAUGCUGUGCCGCAAAGGCAAAGCCCUCAAACUCACUGUGGAUCACACGCCUGAGCGAAAGGAUGAAAAAGAGAGGAUACGGAAGACUGGAGGUUGUAUUACGUGGAACAGUUUGGGUCAGCCUCACGUCAAUGGCAGACUGGCCAUGACACGCAGCAUUGGAGAUUUCGACCUCAAAACGUCAGGUGUCAUCGCAGAACCAGAGACUAAGAGGAUUUCAUUGCAUCACGUCCACGACUCCUUUCUGGCACUCACCACUGAUGGCAUCAACUUCAUCAUGAACAGUCAGGAGAUCUGUAACAUCAUUAACCAAUGUAACGACCCUAAAGAGGCUGCGCAAUGCAUAUCUGAGCAGGCUCUUCAAUACGGAUCUGAAGACAACAGCACUAUCAUUGUGGUGCCGUUCGGUGCCUGGGGCAAACACAAAAGCUCUGAGGUGAGCUUCUCCUUCAGUCGCAGUUUCGUCUCCAGUGGCCGUUGGGCCUAAUCAAAAAUAAGAAGAGAAUGAUGGUUUAACUGUUACACAGAAGUGACUCCCUAGUCUGAAUUUACCAAUGUGCAAUAUUCUCCUAAUCCAUCCUGUGAGGAUCACCUCAAAAAAGACCAUUACAGCCAGAACCCACAUUUAAUGUGGUUUUGGAGUUUAUAUUGACUCAACAGAAUGAUACAGAGCUAUUUUGCCUAGAGAAGCGGUUUCUGAACUGCUGGAGUUAAAGUUCCUCUGAGGUUCGAGUUUAUCCUUGUCUUGAAAAUGGUUCUUUCCCGCUUUUAGCUCCUAACCUGUGGUGCUAUCUUUCAUUUGGUUACCUCAGUUCUGGUUUUCACUUUCGCAGAUACUAUACUUUAGAAUAGUGUGCUAUAGUGGAAUCAACAAUUAUUCUCUGUACUGUUAUUGAGAAUCUCAUUUCAUUUUUUAGUACAGGAAUUUUAAGCACUUUCAGAUUUUGGGAGGUUCCGUAUUUUUGGAAUCCUCAUAACUCUAGUCUUUGAGUGUUAAAUGACACGCAGAAGCACAUUUCAGUGGUCUACAUGCUUUGUCUGAUGGCUGUGCACAUUCAUAAGCUCAUAUUUACAGAGUUAGACCACUGUACAUACUGAAGUAUGGACUCCUAUUCCUUGUGCAAGCACAUAUUUCUAUAACUUUGUCUCCUAUUCGUAGUGUGAAUAUUCAUUCAUGCUUUAUUCCAGCUUAACAACCAGCAAUUUUAAAGCUACUCUAAUAAAAAUUCCAACUUAAGUGAAUUUGCAACCUAACUUGAGGACAUUUCGCAAACAAAUCAAUGAUUUUUGCUGCGCCUUUUCCAUAAGCAUUGUUCUUUUCCGAGUCAUUCUGUUAAGGAACUCAACUUUAGGUUUAUAACUGAAGUUUUAAACUGUGACUUGUGCUUGUUUAGUGUUACUAAACAAUUUUUGUUCAGAUUGUACAGUUCAGUGGUAUUCCUUACAAUGCAUAGAGCAAAGUCCAGAUAUUUGUUUUAUGUUAUUUAUAUAAUGUACAUGAUGGACAGUUAACUCUAUGGUAUAUGUGAUUGUAUAUUAUAUUUAAAUACAUCUUUUCUUUUAAGUCUCCUAGUUAAAGCAGAAAUGUGAAAUUUCAUUCAUCCACUGAUAUGAUUGUAAUUGCAGGCAUUCUGCUGUAACUUUAAAACCUAAAGCUUUUAACUGGAAAGGCUUCUGUCGUAAUCUCUGAUUUCCAGUGAUUUUUAUUUGUAGAGCCAUACACAUGUGACCUCAACUAGUCGGUAUCUUUGUUCACAUCUGCAGGACUGGUUCAUAUUUUGAUGCUGUUGUUUGAUUUAUUGAUUUCUGCAUUAACUCUCAUGGCGUUCUCAUUCAGCAUUUACUCUCAUUUUAGACUUUUAACAGCCUUUUUCCUUUAAUGUCUUCCUCUUUAAGGUCCAAAAGCACAUCCAGUACGAUAGAGGUCUUUUUUUCGAAUGUACUGUUUUUCAAUUGAUAUGUUUCUGUCAGAAUGUAUUAUAUUCAGUGUUAAUACAACUGUGCAUGAAUCUUGCCCAGAACAAUCUGUAAAACAACUGCAAGUGUUUCCUGCUCUAUAUAUGGACCUAACUUUGCUUUAUUGAUAUGCAGUUUAUUGUGAAGUAUAAUGCAGCUGUGAAUAAAGUUUCACCAGAAAGAUCUCUGUUGGAUAAA